GCAGCGCACGAUAGCGACGACGAACUCCGUCGACGCUUUCAUUUUGAUUUUGUGUUGACCGGGGUUCCGAAAAACGAUAAAAUUCCAAAAAUAAAUAGAAAAGUAUAUCUAGAAGUAGUGACAUAGCCAUUUUAAAUACAAGUUUGUGAAUUUUAGGAGUAAAGUAAUCAUUUAUUAACUAUUUUUAUCUAUGAACUCAAAAAUCAGAAAUAAAUCAUUUUCAAUAAUUAGUUUCAUUUAAAAAGUUGUUUAUGCGUUUUAUGAAUUAUGUAUAAGCUAUACAAUAAAAUCAUUCACUGUGAACGUGACGAAUUUUUGGUUUAAGUGAAUAGUGAUACGUCUUGAAAAGGUUUCUACAUAAGUAAUUUGAUGAACAGAAUUUAUCUAAUUAUUAAGUAAAAGCAUGCUUAAAAAAAAGUUUUAAAACUCAAUUUAUGAAAAUAACUAAAUUCAUUCGAGGGCUGAGAUUCAUGUUCGCCAUUUCGUCUACUUGUUUCUGAACUUAAUUCAUCCAUCAAAUGUUUGAUACUGCUACGUGAUUCAUAUCUAAACAUAAAAAGACAUAAUUACAUAGAAAAUAUUACCAGCAUUGUUAAUAAAAGAAAGCUACUCGUGUUUCCUUAUUUCGAAAACAAUUUCAAAUUUAAGUAGCAAUUUUUUCAAUUGAUUCGUUGCUUUUUGUGGCAGACGUACGUCUUGUUUUGUGUAUUGAUCGUACGCCAUAUUCGUCGCGGCGCGCUCUCCAUCGAGAGAGGGUGCGUAAGCGACGAGAGAAAUUUGAGGUGGUUAAGAGGACCGUGAAUAGUGUGUGGUGAUUAAGAAAAAAAAUCCUAUUAAAAAGGAAAGUACAAUAGAAACAUAAGAAAGAAACUUAUUGCAAGUAGUGUGUUAGAAAAAAAAGGUAAAAGGCGUCGCCAGGCUGGGAGGUCGUCUGAGUGAAGUGGUGGGUCCCGUCGUGGAGGAGGCCAUAGAGCCAGGGGAUGCAACCUCGCUGACGGGACCCUCAAGGGAAGCCUCGAUACCUAAGGCUCCUCCACCACCACCGCCUCCACGAAUUACUACUCCAAGUCCGUCUAGAUCGCCUCCCCCGACACCACCUUCACAACAAUCACAGCAACAACAUCAUCAACUCCAAAUACAUUUACAGUCACAUGGACAAACAUUAGUUAAAAGCCAAAGUCAAGCACAAAUUCAAAGCCAUUCUUGUUCGCAGCCACAUCAGCUGCAACAUCAAAUAAGUGAACCAAUACAAAAUCAAACUACAGUUAUGGGUACUGUCUUAUCAUUGAGUCCAAAAGACCGCCGGAGCUCUGUAUAUCCGCCGAUUGGUCAUCAACACUCGACAGAUUUCACACUCAAUAAUUUCAAUUAUGAGCAACUGAAUAAUGCCAAAAAUCGUGAAAAUAAAAAUGUCGUGGUUGUUGCGCCGGCAGCCACGGUGAACAAUCAUCCACCGAUAAAUAAUAAUAAUACUUUACAAAAUAUUAAUAUUAAUCUUAAUAACAAUGACAAUGCAAGAAUUAUUUCUGAAAAAAAUGCAUUAGAGAAAAAUUUAAAAAAGCACUCCUUAUUUAUUAAUGCUUGGUCUUGGAAACGAUUUAGUACAAUUAAUAAUAAUAAAAAGAAAUUGGAUAAUAAAAAUAAAAAUAUUACUUUUCGUCAACCAUUAGACAACAUUCCAAUUGUUGAUAAAAAUAAGAAUAUUCAAACUCCACAGACAAAAGCACCAACAUCAAAUAAUAAUCAUGCAAUGCACAAUCCCAAAUGUGAGAAGAUCGCAGAACGAUCUCAACCCGCAGGAUCUCGUAAAACAGUUAUCCAAGCAUCGACAUCAGAAUUGCUCAGAUGUUUUGGUGUUUAUCUUCAUGAAAAAUGUACACGAUUACGAGAUUUCCAAGCUGGCGAUGCUGUCAUGUGGCUUAGAACUGUCGAUAGAAGUUUACUUCUCCAGGGAUGGCAGGAUGUUGCUUUUAUAAAUCCGGCAAAUGUGGUAUUCGUUUAUAUGCUGGUGCGUGAAUUAGUAGAUGGUGAAGAAGCAUCAGAAAGAGAACUACAAGCUACUGUGCUAACAUGCUUGUAUCUAAGCUACAGCUAUAUGGGCAACGAAAUUAGCUACCCACUAAAACCAUUCUUGGUGGAAGACAGCAAGGACAAAUUUUGGGAUCGAUGUUUGUUGAUUGUCAAUCGACUAAGUUCCAAGAUGUUACGUAUCAACAGCGAGCCUGGAUUCUUCACGGAAAUAUUCACCGAGCUCAAGGUAUAUGACACCCUUUGGAGGCGUCCAUCACAGAACGUGGGGCUAUAAAAUCGAAAGAGCUUGCCUGUGGAACCGGAGAUCAUAGCAACCUCACUGGUAGUAGCCUCGAUCGAAACCUCGUUGUCUCCGGAGUCGCCGUUCCCACCAAGGCGGCUUGACAAAGCUACAGAGAACUCUUGGG